CAGAAGAAAGCUCUUGCUAUUUCUCCACGUCCAGUUGCUGGUCUGCUCAGGUCUGUUGUUCGUUGCCCAACCCAACGCUUCAAUCGUAAGGUCAGACUUGGCCGUGGAUUCACUCUUGAGGAGCUGAAGGCUGUAGGUAUCGGAAAGCGCGAAGCCAGAACUAUCGGCAUCGCUGUUGACUACAGAAGGACUAACAGGUCUCUUGAAGGGCUAAAGGCUAAUGUUGAACGCCUGAAGGAAUACAAGUCCAAGUUGAUCCUCUUCCCCAAGAAGCUGAGCGCUCCACGUAAAGGGGAUAGCAACCCAGAAGAGCUCAAAGUCGCCGCACAGCUUCAUGGCGAUAUCCUCCCUGUAUCCAAUGUCAUUGAUUAUGAAGCUCCACGAGCCAUCACCGAAGCAGAAAAGAAAGUCGAGAUCUACCGCCACCUUAGACGAAUCCGCGCUGACAAGAAAUACGCUGGUGUUCGUGAAAAGAGAGCGAAGGAAGCUGCCGAGGAGAACAAGUAA